GGGGAGCGCUUGGCCGCGGGUACCGGGCCGGCCCUUCCCGGCGCUCCCGGUUGCUGCCGCCUCUCGCCGCGAUGCGCGGGGAGCCCCCGAUCCCCGCGGGGCGCAGGUGCUGCCGCGGAGGGGCCGCGGGUGCGGCCGCCGGGCAGGUUUGCGCGGAGCCGGCCGGGGGGAGGCUGCAGAGGGGCACGGAGGAUGUCUGGGAACGCUUCCAGGCGAGGGUGAAAACAUCUUCCUGGCACUGGCUGAAGCGGCGCCGUGGUGACAAAUGUACCCAUCGAGGGAAGUGCCGGUAGCAAGAGUGAGUGGGAGUGUGUUUUGUGUGUUAUAAAGGCGGUCGUACAGUGCUUGGCAAUUUGAGGAUUUCUGGCGUAUUCUAGACCGUGGAAUUAAUUAAAAACACUUUAAACCUGCCCUGCCAUUCAUUAUUUUGACUCGAAAAGCAAAAGAACAUACUUAGGAUGCCUAGCAGGGUACUGCAGGGGCUGCCUGUUGUACCAUGCUCUAUUGGACUGCCUCCCUGCUGCUGGAGAGCAGGCUCUCCUGGAGCCAGAAUCAAUCCAUGGGAAUCAGGAGCCAUAGGAAGCAGUUGAAGAAAUAAUGUGGCAGAAGGACGCAAGCAGUUUGUCUGCCCCUUCCCGUGGAGCCUUUCACCAAAGGGAGGACAGAAGCCUCCGGAAGAAUGUGCUUCCAGAUGCAGGCCUGGCCUGCAGAAGGUGCACUGUAGAUGAAGUGCUGACAGUCUGGCAGGAGACAAAUGAAAAGUUUUCUGUGAUGCUUCCUCCAGGGUUGGAGAAGCCACUGUAACCCGAAGGUCAACAGUGAUGGAAGACAUUCAUCCCUACCUUUAAAUAUGACUUAAAACAGGAAGAAUUACAGUUUCUUUUCUCUGUACUUUGUUUUUAUAGGAUGUAGACACUGAUGUAAUGUGUUUCUGUGAAGCUUGAAGGGUGUGUGUCUUGACAGGAUUGGAUGAUGGUCAAUUUAUUAUGGUUCUGAAGGCCUAAUCUUCUGUCACAAAGCAUAGUUCUCUAGUCCUCAACAGAGUCCAGAAUGGGUAGGAAUCUAGGACUGAAUCGUUUAAGGGACAUCAGUUACACAAGUUGCAAGCUUAUAUUUCCUUCUUCCAAAAAUACUUGGAUUUAGAGUAUUGCACCACAUAAGUAUCCAGAGAAAUGCCUCCACUGCUACUGCUCUUGCAUUCUUAAAUUACAGUGAUUAAAAGAGACAGGUUUUAUCUCGGUUACUUUAUAUAUAUUUAUAUAAUCUCUUAUAUAUAUACACAUAUAAUCUCUUUGGUAGUUUCUGCCAUGUUGAAGUAUAUUGGAUAGACUAAGAAACAACCACCUUCUUCAAUUUUAAUAGUAAUAUCACAUCAUAUGAAAUUUGUGAGAAUGAUUAGCAUGUAAGCUGGCAAAGAAGUAUUUUGUAUUUUAUAGUAUUCAGACCUCAUUAAUACAUUUUCCUGUUUGUGACAGAAUGCUUGUGGUUUUAUGGGUUGAGUGGUUGAUGGUGCAUUAACAAAAAGGAAAGAAAUUCAUUGCAGAGCUGAUAUCGUCUUAAUUGUGGUAGUAAAAAAAAAAAUGGCUUUCAUUUUGAUAUUGCACCUAACAUUUCUAAUAUUAGUCUCUGUUAUAGAGUUACAGCUUAUAGAAAACUGUACCGACCUACACAGAAAACCAAAAUUGUUGCUUUUUGAUUAAUAAUAUCAUGUGCUUCAAAGUGUGUGUUUUUACCUCUGUGCUGAUCCAGCUGAUGUAUAGACUGCUAAAGCCCUUAGCUGCAGUGUGUCAGCUCUUCAGUUUGCACAGCAGCCUGCUCCGCAUGCACAAACAAGGAUCGUGACACCCUUUAGGCUGCCAGUACUUUAAAAUCCCAUGGCUGGGCUACAAUGGAUUUCUGUGUUUUCAUUGCCAGGUAAAACACAGAAAGAUUAUUUUUUUUCUCCUCAUCUCCUGUGCUAUGCAAAAUAUUAGUCUUCCACAUGACAGUAAUUAGUAAGUACUUGGUGAUGAGGGAAAUACAGAUCUCCAAGUGAUAAAGCGUUUGUUAACUAGACAUGUCUAAUUACUGUCUUUGUAUGCAAAGCCAGCCAAGGAAUUCAGUCAAGUACAGUACAUUAGAAAUGACAGGAAUUAAAACUUCCUGUGGAGUCUUGCACUUUUAGAGGCUGGAAAAAUGUUGCAGGGUGCAUGGCACAAGCAGAGCUGUGAAAGCAGAGAGUACUAGUGGUGCUCAUUGCAGGGACUCCUCCAAGGAUUUCCAGCCUUCCAGCUGCUGUUUAACUUUGAUGCUCUUGCUAGUUGUCAUUUUGUGGAUAUUACUUAAUCAGUGCCCAGUAAUUACCAAAAACAGUUGUAGAACUUCCAUAGAAGGAUUAGGGGACUCAAAACAGCAAAACAAAUUGACCUUUUUUAGCAUAACACCAAUAAUACAGCACUUUUAACAAUGAAAAUAUGGACUUCUAGGUGUAAACAGUAGUGAUUCUGCUUGUUUUUUCCAUCCUUUGUUUUUAAGGCAGAUGUAGAAGACUAAGCACAGAGAGGAUGUAGGCAGGUAAGACUAAGUCCUAAAAGAAACUUCUUUAUUUCUUAGAAUACUUGAGAAGCAGAUUAAAUUACUUUACAGUGUCUGGUUAGGAAGACAGCUUUUAUUAUCUUGAGAAGGGAAAAAUGAAGUGCUUACUGCUUUCUUUUUUUCUUAUAAUAGACUAUUUAGACAGAUUUAGCAUAUAAAGUCCCAUCUUUGUGGUAACAAAUAGCAGCAAAGAUUUUUCAGGAAGAUGUGAUUAGGUAGUUUUAAAUAGUUUCAGUAUAGCAUUAAUGGGGAUUAUAUAUAUCUAACAGUAGAACUACGUGCGUGAUUGAUGAACGUAGGUAUGUUUGUUUAUGCAGCCAGGAUGAACAGACACACUCCCCUGUACAUCUCUGGCUGCAACUGUUCUGCUUUUCAAUUCCAAAGUCAGUGAGAUUAGCAGGAGGUGUGAUCUUUUCCAUCCCCUUAUGAAGAACAGCAUAUGUUCCAAAUACUUUCAAAUACAAGCAGCAUAUGUUGGUGUCAGUAAACCCCCUAGGAUAAGAAUGAAAACAGAGCAGUAAAGCAGGUGAGGGACAAAUCACUGAUCCCUUAAACGUACUCUCCUCGGAAUAUAAUGCUAUAGUGUAUGCACUGAUACAUUUGCCAGCCUCUGUCAGCUUUCAUCAUAAUAUUGUGAAAAAGUAGUAUCCCAAAUGCAUAUACAAAAGGUUCUUGCACCUUCUAGUACUCAGCAAGGGCAAGAUGUGUCCUUAGGAAGUUCAGAAUAAACAGCCAGUCGUGGGUUGGGCUUAGAUCAAUAUCAAUUCAGCAUAAUAAGUCAAAGCCCUAAUUUGCUGUGCUACCAGACCAACUGAAUGUGCUGUCUUGUGUAGCAGCAGGUUGGUAGUAACUAUUCAAGAUAAAAGAUCUCUGUGUUUUCAAAGUGAAAAGCAUGUUUGCCAAGCAAAACUGUAUACUGAUAUAAAUCUGUGUUUGCACACCUACAUUGCACAUAGGCAAGAACAGUGAAAGCUUAAUGAUGAUAACCUGAGGAGCAACUUUUAAGAAAAAAAGUCAGAGUUCUGUGUAAAAAAAAAAAAAUUAAUGUGCCUCAGCUGAAUAAAUAACUUUUGUCUCACUGUGUGAUUCUGAGAGUCCUUUGCACAAUGACAAAGAUGUAAAGUUCAUUGUAAUGAAUUGAUAUCAAUGUUUUAGAUGUUAUUGUACUACUGGAACAAGAAGAUGGGUAUUCCUUUUUUUUUUUUUUUUCCCCUGCACUGGCCUCAGUUGGAUUUAUUGCAGAAGCUAAGGGAAAUGCUGAAUGCUGCUGUCAACCUGCUUCAUGAAUGCUGCUAAAGAGAAGAUUCAGAAUUUCCCAAGUGAUCCAUAGAUGUCUUAUGGCUGGAGAUUACUGUGGGCAUGUCAGUCACUUAAUUUCUCCCAUGGAGAGUACCACCCGUGUCAGUGAUCCACCAGCCCUCCAAGCUUCCACUGCUAUCACGUGCUUUACAAGAGGACUUGACCUUAGAAAGGGGACAGAAGAUGUCCUUUGCCCAGCAAACUGUCCUCUGUGGCAAUUUUAUGUCUUUGGGGAUGGAAUUUAUGCUUCUCUCUCCAGUAUCUGUGGAGCUGCCAUUCACAGGGGGGUGAUCACCAAUGCAGGAGGAGCUGUUAGGGUACAAACUCUCCCAGGACAGGAAAACUACCCUGCUGUAAAUGCCAAUGGGAUCCAGUCUCAGGUGCUCUCUAGAUGGGCUUCAUCUUUCGCAGUGACUCCUGCUACCAAGGACACAGCGCUUGAAGCAGUUGGACGAUCGGUAUCAACAGCACGUCCUUCUACAGGUAAAAAACCUAAGAAGACUCUUGAUAAAAAAGCUGGAAACAAAGACUGUAAAGCUGAUAUUGCAUUUCUCAUUGAUGGAAGUUACAACAUUGGCCAACGUAGGUUUAAUUUGCAGAAAAACUUCCUUGGAAAAGUAGCUGUAAUGUUGGGAAUUGGAAUAGAAGGGCCUCAUGUUGGAGUCGUACAGGCCAGUGAACACCCAAAAAUUGAAUUCUAUCUGAAAAACUUCACUGCUGCAAAGGAAGUUUUAUUUGCCAUAAAGGAACUAGGGUUCAGAGGAGGCAAUUCCAAUACAGGAAAAGCUUUGAAGCACACGGCUCAGAAAUUCUUCUCUUUGGAAAAUGGAGCACGGAAAGGAAUUCCCAAGAUCAUUGUAGUGUUUCUAGAUGGCUGGCCCUCAGAUGAUCUAGAAGAAGCCGGCAUAGUGGCCAGAGAAUUUGGAGUGAACGUAUUCAUUGUAUCCGUAGCAAAACCCACAACAGAGGAGCUGGGAAUGGUACAAGACAUUGGUUUUGUUGACAAAGCUGUCUGUCGAACCAACGGUUUCUUCUCUUACCAAAUGCCCACCUGGUUUGGGACUACCAAAUACGUAAAACCUCUCGUCCAAAAACUGUGCUCACACGAGCAGAUGUUGUGUAGCAAGACGUGCUACAACUCCAUCAACAUCGGUUUCCUGAUCGAUGGUUCCAGCAGCGUCGGAGAGAGCAACUUCCGCCUCAUGCUGGACUUUGUCAGCAACGUCGCAAAGGCUUUUGAGAUCUCUGACAUCGGCUCCAAGGUCGCAGCUGUGCAGUUCACAUAUGACCAGCGCACUGAGUUCGGCUUCACAGACUAUGUCACCAAGGAAAAAGUCCUCUCAGCUAUCCGGAACAUUCGCUACAUGAGCGGGGGCACGGCUACUGGGGAUGCAAUUUCUUUCACAGUCAGAAACGUGUUUGGGCCAGUGAAAGACGGACCUAACAAAAAUUUCCUCAUUGUUUUGACUGAUGGUCAGUCUUACGAUGAUGUGAGAGGACCUGCUGCAGCUGCACAAAAAGCAGGAAUAACAGUCUUCUCUGUUGGUGUUGCCUGGGCGCCUUUGGAUGAUCUGAAAGACAUGGCUUCUGAACCAAGAGAGUCUCAUACUUUCUUCACCAGGGAGUUCACAGGACUGGAGCAGAUGGUUCCUGAUAUUAUUAGAAGCAUCUGUAAAGAUUUUUUGGACUCUAAACAAUAAAGGAAAAAUCUGCUGUUCACUAUUACUACUUCAAAACUAAAAAUCAUGACAUUGAAAUGGUCCCUCUAAAGUACAGAUGUUAUAUAUAUACUAUCAUAAUACAAAGGAAGAAGAAGGGCUACUUUUUGUUUCCAUAAUCAGUCAAGGAUUUUUGUGAGCUUGUUAGAAGUUGUACUUGAUACUGAAGUGCAGAAUUUGGCCAACAGCUAAUAUUUUCAAUACAUACAUAGUAUCCCAAAGUUCAAAACUAUGCAUAUCAUGCACUUAAGGAUAGCAGAUAUUCAGAGGAAAUAAUACAGCUCUGACUUUUUUCUGCCUCUUGCUAGAUAUCUUCUUACCAAAAAUAAUAUAAUUUUUAAAUACAAGGUACUACCUUCUAUGAGCCUUCUGUAGCUUAUGAUUUGGUAUCUUUUCAAGGAGUUCUACUGGUAACAUGAAGUACUCUCAGUGCUCCAGUUGCAAAACAUCCAUUAUUGCCAGGCAGUUUAAGAAAAGAUUGUAGCUAAAACAGUCUAUUUUUACUACUUAGGGUUUUGCUAUUGAGAAUGAUACUGCCAUCUGGUUGGCAAAAUUUACACCAAAAGUAAUUUAACUUCUGUGCACAGAUUUCUGUGGAUCUAUUGGUUCUUUUGGCACAGAUUUUGAAAGGUAUUUAAGGCACAGUAGUUCUUUGAGAAUCUGGAUCCUAAAAUAUUAGCUAUUACUACUGCUUCCUGCACCACUGAAGUCAACAGUGAUAUUCCAAAUAUAACUGAUAACUGGAUAUUUCCUGUCUACUGCCGUGUACUGUCUUAAUAAAGUUGUUAUUGGCUAGACAGUUAGAGACAGGAAUCUUAGGCCAAGAGAUUAAAUUAGACCACACAAUGGGGACUGAAAGCAUUGAAAUUCAAAUCCAAAGGUAUCCCAAACCUUGAAAUCUAACUGAUCUAUAUCAGAUUACAUGGUUAGAAAAGAGUAGGCAGACACAUUAAGUGGGAUUUAGUAGUUCACAGAAUAACAACUUCAUAAGGGUAGCAAAAACAUCUUUAUAGACAUGUGAGGUUUUCUGAAGGUGAAAGAAUAGCUUUCUUGAAAAAAAGGCUUUCAUUCGAUUACAUACCUAGUAAUGUUGAUAUAUUUAUACACACACGUGUUUAAAAUGAUGAGACAUUCACAGAGCUAUUCCAGAUUCUUGGUGUGAAUAACAUAUUUCAAGUAUUCUUUAGAAAAUAAAGGCGGUUUGCAAGUAAAAUGUAUAGUAAAAAACAAAACAGCACUUUCCCUAUCAAUCUGGGAUUUCCCUUCUUUCCUCUCCCGCAAUAUUGAUUGUAAAAUUUCUAGUAGUUACAGAGUGGCACAGAAGGGAUUGCAUUCAUCAGGCUUUUGCUAUGCAUUUUUUUAAGAAUUUAUAACUGACUAUAUGUUACUCUAAACAUGAAUGGCAAAGAUGACUUGUAUUUUUCUAGUAAUUGUUAUCCUUAAUUUUGUUAUGUGCUUAUAGAUAAGAGUAUUCAGCUUUUGCUGUAUAAAUUCAUAUGUUGUAUCAACUUUGUGCUAAAGUUUCUUUCAUUUAGUUUAUAAAAUUUUAUAGAAAUACAAUGCUGCAAGAAAACUGGG